CAUUCACCCAUCCAUCCGGUUUGCGGCAUGGAAGUGAUGGAAGCGAUGGAAGCGUGAACAUCGUUGCGUUGCUCGGGGUUGGAGCAUUCGACUUAAAGUUUGUUUUUACAAAGUUCGGGGCAUCUACAAACGCGAAAGAAAUGACAACGAUACGCCAGUUCACGUGCGACGAUCUGUUCCUGUUUAAUAACGUCAACCUAGACCCCCUCACCGAAACAUACGGACUCUCCUUCUACCUCCAGUACCUCGCUCACUGGCCGGAGUACUUCCAGGUCGCCGAAUCUCCCAAUGGUGACAUCAUGGGUUACAUCAUGGGAAAGGCGGAAGGUCUCCAGGGCAACUGGCACGGUCACGUGACUGCCCUGACUGUGGCACCGGAGUACCGGAAACUGGGCGUCGCCGCCACACUCAUGUCCGGACUGGAGCACAUAUCCGAAAAGAAGCAGGCCUACUUUGUGGACCUGUUUGUACGGGUGUCCAACAAGGUGGCGGUGGACAUGUACAAGCGGCUGGGCUAUAGUGUCUACAGGAGGGUGCUCGAGUACUACUUCGGAGACCCCGACGAGGACGCCUUCGACAUGCGGAAAGCACUCUCGAGGGACGUCGAGAAGAAAUCCGUGAUACCCUUGGCCCACCCUGUACGUCCAGAAGACGUAGACUGACAUUGUAUAAUAAACGGCGGGCUUGCGAAACUG